UCCAUGUCGGUUUUCUUAGAUCAAUUCCCACCGAGAAACAAAACAUUGAGAGUCGACUUGCAUCCAACACUUGAAGUGACGGUUAGUACUACUACUGAGCAAGAGAUCACAAUGCCGUCACUCAAGUCGUGGUUUCCAAUCCCCAAGAACAGCCACUUCUCUCUGGCCAAUUUGCCGUUUGGCAUUAUUUCAACAGCAUCCAAACCAACUCCGCGGCCGGCAGUCGCCAUUGGCGAUCAUUGUCUCGAUCUUCAGGAAUUUUCAGCUUCUGGGGCGUUUUCUUCGUUGGGCUUCGAUGUGUCGGUCUUCUCAAAGCCUACCUUGAACGACUUUGCGGCUCUAGGCAGACCAGUCCAUGGCUCAGUCAGGAAAUUCCUCCAGGAUGUCUUCGCUGAGAACAGCUCAAAUGCCCAGGUUUUGCAGAACAAUAAGAGCCUCCAAGGCAAAUGCCUGAUUCCGCGCGACGGAGUCACGAUGCAUCUACCAAUGCAAAUUGGCGACUAUACGGAUUUCUACGCUGGAAAGAACCACGCCUUCAACGUGGGCUGCCUUUUCCGUGGACCAGAUAAUGCUCUGCAACCGAAUUAUACGCAUCUGCCUGUGGGCUACCAUGGAAGAGCGUCAUCAGUUGUCGUCUCUGGCACCCCGAUCACUCGGCCAAACGGCCAAAUCCUGGAGAACCCGGCUGCUACGCCUAAAGUGCCGACUUUCAGUCCUUGCAAGCGACUGGACAUUGAACUAGAGUUGGGGGCUUUCCUUUGCAAAGGCAAUAAAAUGGGCACCAAUAUCCCUAUAUCGGAAGCUGCAGACCACAUCUUUGGCUUUGUCCUCCUCAACGACUGGUCAGCCCGAGAUAUUCAAGCUUGGGAAUAUGUGCCCUUGGGACCGUUCCUGGCCAAAAACUUUGGCUCCACCAUCAGCCCGUGGAUUGUUCUGGCGGAUGCUUUGGAACCGUUCAGAUGUACUGGUAUCCCGAACGAUACGCAAUUGCUACCUUAUCUCCAAGAGAAGGAGGAAAAGAACGUCUACGAUAUCAAGUUGCAAGUGGAUAUCACACCCGAUGGAGGCGAAACGACGACCAUCUUGAACUCGAACGGACGAAAUUUGUUGUUUUCAUUCGCGCAAAUGCUCGCUCACCACUCUAUCGGAGGGUGUCCCAUGGCUGUGGGAGAUAUGCUAGGCUCAGGCACUAUCAGUGGGACGGAGCCAGGCACUGAAGGUAGUAUGCUUGAGAUAAGCAAAGGGGGCAAGGAGACCGUCAAGCUGAAUGGCGGAGUCGAACGGAAGUUCUUGCAAGAUGGUGACACUAUCACUAUGUACGGUGUCUGCGGCACAGAAGAGACUGGACUGGUGGGUUUUGGCGAAUGUACGGGCAAGAUUCUGCCCGCUCCUAAGCUUUGAAUCUAGACGUCGUACUCUGGGACCUUAGCACGAGUGUGUCGACUUGGCCUCUCACGGCCUCUGUUGUCAGUCGGCAAAAAAGCAGCGUGAGAAUUCAUUCCGCUCUCUGGAGUCAGAGUCGAGAGUCAGACGAUGAACCAACCACUAGUGAGAUUAAAUAUUGAUUUCAGUGACUAUCCC